AUGUCUGACAGUAAGACCUCGUUCCACCCGGCUCUCGCGGUCUCAAAUAUCAGGAACCACAUCUCUAUUGUUCUUGAGAUGGAGAACGCGCAAUACGGAACAUGGGCGGAGCUUUUUAAAAUUCAUGCUCGUUCUCACAAGGUCCUUCAUCACAUCAUCUCUCCACCCAAAGGUAAGGAGAAGCCGGCUCCUGAAACCGAUGAUGAACUCGAGUUGUGGUCGACCCUUGACGCAACUGUGCUUCAAUGGAUCUAUUCGACUAUUUCGAAUGACCUUUUGAACACCAUUCUUGAACCGGAGGCAACGGCAAUGGAGGCUUGGGUUCGUUUACGUGAUAUAUUUCAGGAUCAUCAAAACUCUCGUGCGGUGACCCUCGAACAAGAUUUUACAACAACCCGUUUGGAGGAUUUUCCCAACGCUUCGGCGUAUUGUCAACGCCUAAAGAGCCUCGCCGAUCAACUGAAGAACGUCGGAGCCCCUGUGACAAAUAGCCGUCUUGUUCUUCAAAUGGUUUCGGGUCUCAGUGAGGCGUACAAAGGGGUGGGGACGCAAAUUCGCCAUACCAAGCCUCUUCCUCCUUUUCCUGAGGCUCGGUCUUCUCUUCUUUUGGAGGAACGUGAACUGGCUGCAAUGGCUUCUCAUAGGUCUAACUCGGCUAUGGUGGCUGCUUCACACAAGGAGUAUGAUGAUUCUUCCUCCUCUGAGAUUUCUGGUCAAAAUCGGGGUAAAAACAAGCAUCACAAACAGUCCGGUUCCGGUGGUUCUGGUGGCCGGAAAAACAAUGGUCGUGGCGGCAAAGGUGGUCGCGGCGGCGGCCGUGGCUUCGGCGGUGGUCAGCAGCAGGCUCCGGCACAGCAGUGGCAUGCCCCUGCAAUGCCAUACGCUGCUCCUUCUCCUUGGGACAGGCUGGAAUUCUAG